AUGGGGAAAUUGAUCAGGAUGGGAGUGCAGGAGAGGCGGUUACUCUGGCCAAAGCGGCUUCAUUGGAGGCGCCUCCUCUUCCUAUUGGGAAUGCUGAUCAUGGGUUCCACCUACCAGUACCUGAGGAGCCCCCGGGGGCUCCCCUCACUGUGGGCAGCAGUCUCUUCCCAACACCCUGUAAAACUAGCCAGCCGGGACCUUUCCAACAAUGAGAUGAUGAUGGUGAGCAGUGACCCUCCAAAAUCUAGCUCUGAAAUGGAGGUUGAGACAUGGGCACCCCAAGCCACAGUAGGCAGAGAUGGAACAACACCUGGUGUAACAAUGGAGAGCACCCCCAGUAUACCUAGAAGAAUAGCCAACGUCAUUCCAGCAACACCCAAGAGCAGCGACAGCCCAGCAGCAGCCCGCACAGAAAAAGUGAAGGAAGACACCCCAGCUACACCCAGUGGAGCACUGAAUCACUACCCUCCAACUUCAGGCAGACCAGCGGUAAAUAAUUAUACCCCAGCAACACCCAGGGGAGAAGUGAAGAGCUACCGCCCAACUCAAGCCAGGGGAAAGGUGAAGAAAUACACCCCAUCCCCACUUGGUAGGAUGGUGAACAGUUACGCACCAUCCACAUUCAUGACAAUGACCAGGAGCCAUGGGAUCACCCCGAGAGCAACAGUGAAAGACAGUGAAAUUAUGACAACCAACAAAAUACUGGAGACCAACCCUUCCAAGAGAGUAUUGGAGGAAACCACCCCAACUCCUCUCAAGGGAGUAACUGAUAACGCCCUACCCUUCCUGAUAAAUGACUUAGAAACAGACAUCUUGACUUCUCCGAGGAAUGUGGCCGAAGAGAAGGCCCUAACUACCACCAGAAGAGUGGACAAUAAUAGCUCAACCAACCACCGGGGGUUAGUGGGGAAAAAAAACCUGACAACACCCCAAGGAGCAGUCCUGGAGCACACCGCAGCCACCUCUGAGGGGCAGGUGACAGUAAGCAUCACGACAGAAACCAAAGCCUCUACUGCUGCGUGGAAGGCUAGGAAUCCCUCAUCCAGAACCAGUGCACCGACCGUUGGAAUAUCCUCAGCCACCUUCUGGGGGCUGGUGAAGAACCCUUCCCCAGCACCCACCACUCCAGCAGCUCCCAGGGUCAGGGCAAGUCUGACCACUCAGGUCCAUCACUGUGUGGUUGUGGAGCCAGUCCCAGUCUCGUCCACUGUCCCCUCCCCCAGUCUGACAACAGCUGGGAUGCCAGAGGCUCCCAGUCCCUCAGUACUGCCUUCUGGGCAGCCAGACCUCCACCCCAAGGCAGAGUACCCCCAAGACCUGUUCAGUGUGAAGGAGCGGAGGCAGGGCUGGGUGGUCCUGCACAUCUUUGGCAUGCUGUAUGUUUUUGUAGCCUUGGCCAUCGUUUGUGACGAGUACUUUGUCCCAGCCCUGGGUGUCAUCACAGACAAGCUGCAGAUCUCUGAGGAUGUGGCCGGUGCUACCUUCAUGGCUGCUGGAGGCUCUGCCCCCGAGCUCUUCACCUCCCUCAUCGGCAUCUUCAUCUCCCAUAGCAAUGUGGGCAUCGGCACCAUAGUGGGCUCUGCGGUGUUCAACAUCCUCUUUGUCAUUGGCACUUGUGCCCUCUUCUCCCGGGAGAUCCUCAACCUCACCUGGUGGCCCUUGUUCCGUGACAUCACCUUCUACAUCCUUGACCUAAUGAUGCUCAUCCUCUUCUUCCUGGAUAGCCUCAUUGUCUGGUGGGAGAGCCUGCUGCUUCUGCUGGCCUAUGCCCUCUAUGUGUUCACCAUGAAGUGGAACAAACAGCUUGAGCUCUGGGUGAAGGAGCAACUCAGCAAGAGGCCAGUGGCCAAGGUCAUGGCCCUAGGGGACCUUAGCAAGCUGGGCGUUGGGACAGUUGUGGUGGAUGAGCAGCAGGAUAACAAGAAGCUGAAGCUCGCGUCCGUGCUGACCCAAGGGAGCAGCUUGGCCUCUCUGCACAACAGCACCAUCUGCAGCACCAUCUACCAGCUCAUGCUCCGCAGCCUGGACACUCUGGGGGAAGCCCAGCCCUCCAAGGACAAGGAGGAGGAGAGCUUGAAUCAGGAGGCCAAAGCCAAGCCUCAGGCCAAAGCAGAGAGCAAACCAGAAGAGGAGGAGCCAGCCAAGCUCCCUGAGGUCACGGUCACACCAGCCCCUGCUCCAGACGUCAAGGGAGAUCAGGAGGAAGAUCCUGGCGGUCAGGGAGAUGUGGCUGAAGCUGAGAGCACAGGUGAAAGGACAGAUAAUGAGGUUAAAACUCCUGGUGAAGGUGAAAAUGGAGAGCAAAGUGGAGGUGAAGCUCGACCAGCAGGUGAAGGUGAAGAAAAAGGAGAGAAUGAAAGUGAAGGUGACCUCCAGGCAGAAAGGAAAGGAGAUGAUGAAGGUGAAGGUGAAAUCCAAGCAGGAGAAGAUGGUGAAAUGAAAGGUGAUGAAGGUGAAACUGGAGAGCAGGAAUUGAAUGCUGAAAAUCAAGAUGAAGCCAAAGAAGAUGAGAAAGGUAUAGAUGGUGAAGAGGAAGGUGAUGGAGGUGAGAGUGAAGAUGAAGAGGAGGAGGAGGAGGAGGAGGAGCCUUUGUCCCUGGAAUGGCCUGAGACCAGGCAGAAGCAAGCCAUUUACCUCUUUCUUCUGCCCAUUGUGUUCCCACUGUGGCUGACGGUGCCCGACGUCCGGAGGCUGGAGGCUAGGAAAUUUUUUGUUAUCACCUUCCUGGGAUCCAUCAUGUGGAUAGCCAUGUUCUCAUACCUCAUGGUGUGGUGGGCUCACCAGGUUGGUGAAACAAUUGGGAUUUCUGAAGAGAUUAUGGGCUUGACAAUCCUAGCAGCAGGCACAUCAAUUCCUGACCUCAUCACCAGUGUGAUUGUCGCUCGGAAAGGCCUGGGAGACAUGGCCGUGUCAAGCUCUGUGGGCAGUAACAUAUUUGAUAUCACCGUGGGCCUGCCCCUUCCUUGGAUGCUUUUCUCUUUUAUCAAUGGAUUACAGCCUGUUCCUGUCAGUAGCAAUGGCUUGUUUUGUGCCAUUGUUUUGCUUUUUCUCAUGCUCCUGUUUGUGAUCUCUUCAAUUGCGUUAUGCAAAUGGAGAAUGAACAAGAUCCUGGGCUUUACCAUGUUCCUCCUGUACUUUGUAUUCCUGAUAAUCAGUGUGAUGUUAGAAGAUCGAAUCAUAUCCUGUCCUGUGUCUGUCUGA